ACAUAUAUAUACGGUAAAGUGGCCAUCAGUCCUGACUCCCAAAAAAAAUUUGGAGUCCUAACUCAAAACGACGGCGUUUUAUUAAUCUCCCGCCCACUCUUAAUGUCUCGCCCCUCCUUCUUUUUGGCCCUUCUGCACUCAUCUCCAUCUCCAUCUCCAUUGCUUCCCAUCUCCAUUACUUCCCAUCUCCAUUGACUCCUCUGAUUCCUUCAAUUUUUCAGAUACAAUCUCACGUCGCCGACUUAAUCCCCAGCACCCAUUAUUUUCACCCCAUUCUCCCGCUGCAAUUCGUCAUCUCCAUCAACAAUAACCCCUGCUUUGAAGGACGAUAAGUGCUUUAUUUUCUAACUAUGCUCUAUCUACCCAAGAAAGUCAGAAAAAAAUCUUACUCCUAAAUUAUCUUUUAUUACAAGAAUUAAGAUGAAUUCUUCUCCAAUUUCACAACAAAUAUCUCAAAAUGAAAUUGAUGAGAACAACUGCUAGUCUUACAAGCAGUAAAUGACAACAAUGACAACUUCUUAACUAUACAAAUGGAUGAUCUUGAGGGGUUAGAAGAGAUUUCUACUAGUAUUGCUAUGGAAAUUGAAGGACCCAAAAUGUUGGGUGAAGAUGACAUUAUUGGUGGGAUGCCUUGUAAAGGAGCUUGCUUUGGGCAGAUGGGAGAGCUAGGAGUGAUUGUUAUGAUAGAGUAACCAUUAAGCUUAUUUUGUAAAGAAUUGGAGCUUAUUUUGUUUAUUGUUAGGUUUGUUUUGGAUAUGAAUUGAGCUUAUUUUGUGAAGUUUAUAGCUUACUUUAUGAAAUUUAUAGUUACAGCUUACUUUGUGAAGCUUAUAGAAAUUUGCAAUGAGCUUACUUUGUGAAGCUAUACUUUGUGAAGCUAUACUUUGUGAAGCUGUACAUUGUGAAGUUUAUAAAAGUUUGCAAUGUAC